CCAUCCCUCCUCCAUCAUUCCUGCGGGGUAUGCCUAUUCUUUUCAUAAAGUUAGAGCCAUAGCGCGUGUUUCGAAGUCGUUUCUCCGUGGAUGCAUAUCCAAACUGACACCGUAUAGCCUACUACCGUUUUAGCUAAGAGGAGAACGGACACCGAAUACAACCGUUCUAGCCAAGAUAACGCUGGGGAUCCAACAGGUGUUCCAUUGACCGGAAUGGAGUACACUUAUGAUGUCGAUUUGGAAGAGCUAUGUCCUGUUUGUGGCGAUAAGGUGUCGGGAUACCACUAUGGACUACUUACGUGUGAAAGCUGCAAGGGUUUCUUCAAAAGAACGGUUCAAAAUAAUAAGAGGUAUACUUGUGCAGAAAACCAGGAUUGUAAAAUUGACAAAACUCAGAGGAAACGGUGUCCAUUUUGUCGGUUUCAGAAAUGCCUGAAUGUUGGAAUGCGAUUAGAAGCUGUCCGUGCCGAUCGCAUGCGAGGAGGCCGGAAUAAGUUUGGCCCCAUGUACAAGCGUGACCGAGCCCUCAAGCAGCAGAAGAAAGCGUUGAUUCGAGCCACCGGCCUCAAGAUGGAGACCACCCCUCCGAUGCUCUCCCCUGACACCCAGACAGACUACACCUUCACCGGCAGCCUCCCGGGCCUCCACCCGCUCCCCAAGGGCAUCCUCCACACCACCACCACCCCCAUCCCCAUCGCCCCCACAGACUACGACCGCUGCCUCUAUGGACCCCCCUCACUUGGCAUGGCCAUGCCUGGACUCCCCCCCCAUGCACCCUUACCCCCCCAGUACCAGUACGCCUCCUUCCCCAGCCGGGCGAUCAAGUCCGAGUACCCGGAACACUACACAAGCUCCCCAGACUCGGUAGUGGGCAGCUACAUCUACCCGGAGCAGGUCUACUCUGGAUCGGGCUCUCCGCAGGUGCCUGGGGUGCCUCAGCUGGUGCUGGAGUUUAUGCGCUGUGACCCGGACGAGCUGCAGGUGCAGAGUAAGAUCGCUGCUCACCUUCAGCAGGAGCAGAGUGGCCGGGGGGGCAAGGGUCAGGAGAGACUCAGCACCUUCAGCCUCAUGUGUCACAUGGCCGACCAGACUCUCUUCUCCAUCGUGGAGUGGGCCCGAGGCUGCAUCUUCUUCAAGGAGCUCAAGGUGGGAGAUCAGAUGAAGCUGCUUCACAACUGCUGGAGCGAGCUGCUGGUGUUGGACUUCAUCUCCAGGCAAGUCCAACACGGCAAGGAGGGCAGCGUGCUACUGGUCACAGGGCAGGAGGUGGAACUGACGUCCAUAGCAUCCCAGGCAGGAGCCACUCUCACAAGCCUGGUACAGAGAGGACAGGAGCUAGUUGAGAAACUACAGACCCUACAGGCGGACCGCAGAGAAAUCACCUGCUUCAAGUUCCUCAUCCUCUUUAACCCCGAUGUGAAGCUACUGGAGAACCAGGCGUUCGUGGAGGGCGUCCAGGAGCAGGUGAACGGGGCUCUGCUGGAGUACACAAUGUGUGCUUACCCCCAGUACCUGGACAAGUUCAGCCAGCUGCUGAUGCGCCUGCCUGAGCUCAAGGCCUUGUCGGCGCAGGCCGAGGACUACCUUUGUUACAAGCAUCUGAGCGGAGAGGUGCCUUGCAACAACCUGCUCAUCGAGAUGCUGCACGCCAAGAGGGCGUGUGCGUGAGGAGGGCACACGUUUGCGUGUGUGUUAGUGUUUUUGACAAGAGGGAAGAGAGGAGGUGUGUGUGGGUGUCCGCAUGUUAGAGAGAUAGAGUGUGAGAAAGGCCGAGGAAAACGAGAGAGAGAGAGAGAUCACCCUUCUUGCCCCAAAGCGCCACUUACUUACUGAGGUCUCGGUCUCAGCCAUUCCAGACUUCAAAUCUAACUACAGUAUGCCCAAAACCUGGACUGGAUUCAUUAAAUUCACCACCAAGAGUUGAUUCGGUGGUAGAGAGAUGCACUGAGUUGAUUCACUCACCCUCCAGAGAUUGAAAUAUGAUUUACAUUUGAAGACGAUUCAAAUGAUUCACUGUGCAGGACGUAGUCAUUCUAGGAGUCAUUCAAGGAAUCGAUUGUCAGAGACCUGAUUCAUCUGCAGUUCAUAUUCAGGCAAUGAUGCACUUGAAUUGUUGUACAGAGAUGCACUGAGAUUGGCGAAGGUGAGACAUUUCGUUGAAUUCAUCCCAUAGAGUCAUUGAUAGAGAUGCCAUGAACUCUCAACUUGAUUCACUGUUGAUUUCAACACAGGGAACUGAUUCAUUCUGAAUAAUUCCAUAUCAAGUUCUUAAAAUGCUCUUAUGCUAAAGACAUGCUAAUUAGUUACUUGUUAAUUAACUUUUAAUUAUACAUCAUACUGGUUAAUUCACUAUGUAAUAUCACAGUUAAUUAACUAAUGACAAUCACUAAACAACUAAAGACAGACAUUUCAGCUAGUUAUAACCUACCUGAAGGGAUCCUAAAGAGGAAUACUACAUUUUAGCUGUAUGCUAAUGUAGCAUAGAGGCUAAUGCUACUAGCUAGGUUGACAUGACCACAUUGACAGCGCUUUUUUAGAGAGAGAAGAAAAAACGUUCCCAAUGUGUGUCUACCACGAGCAGUCUAUCUGAACCUUACUACUGUGUCCUCUCUGCUCACAUAGCCUUACAAACUCAGACCCCUGUAAUAUAGACAAAUAUUUAUAUUCUACGCUGACAAUUCUCCAUUUACAAUGUUUUUUCUUCUACUUUACUUCGGAUGAGUCUGUAUUUUAAACAUUUCAUAAGUCACAUUUUCUCUUGUGGUUGCUUUUGAAUUCUGAUCUUUGUGUUUCCUAAAUAAAUAUGAAAAUUUGAAAAGCACAGGGAGAUAUUCUAAUAGAAAUAUAGCUGUCACAGACUUGGUGUGUAUCAGUGCAAUAGUGAAUAGGGUAGAGAGCUGAGG